UAUGUCAAUGGAAAUGGUGCAAAUGGUAAUGGAGUAUAUGUUAAUGGAAAUGGUGCAAAUGGCAAUGGGGUAUAUACUAAUGGAAACGGUGUGAACGGAGGAUAUCAGAACGGAAAUGGAGUGACCGUGUACGCCAAUGGCGUUGUGGAUCCCUUCCGAGCUCUGGCCGAUGCCAUUGGCGGCGGAGGCGUCCCAGGUGUGGACUACCCCAUCCUGGCCUUCGUCCCCGCCACCGGCUUCUCCUGCAACGGCCAACUGCCUGGAUAUUACGCUGACACUGCUCCCGAGGCCGGCUGCCAGGUGUUCCACAUCUGUCAGGCAGGAGGCAGGAUCGACUCGUUCCUUUGUCCCAACGGCACAGUGUUUAAUCAGCAAUACUUCGUGUGCGAUUGGUGGUACAACUUUGACUGUUCCACGGCUGAACAGUUCUACGGAUUGAAUGCUGAGAUUGGUAAUAUCAAUGGAAAUGGUGACAUCCAGGCUUGUAUGAUACCACAGAAUGCCUCCAUAAACCACCAUACUAUGUCACCAUAUGUCACCACACACACUAUCACCGCACACACCAUCACCACAUCAUACCACCACAGAUCACCAUACCAUAUUACCACGCACAUCACACAGUGA